CCAAUGCAGAGAUCCCACAGUUCCCCCCUUGGCUGUGCACAUCGCAGGGCUCAGAAGUGGGCUCCCUUGGUUUAAGCACAAAGCCUCAUCCGCCUGCAUGGCUCCUGAUCCCUCCAACAGCAGCUCCUCCUCUUUCACCCUUGUGGGUGUCCCCCUCCUGGAAGCGUUCUCCUCCGGCCUGGGCACCCUUUUCUGCUCAGCCUAUACCAUCGCCUUGCUAGGAAACGGAGCGGUGCUGCUGGUCAUUGGGCUGGACAAGUCCCUGCGGGAGCCCGUCCACUGCUUCCUGGCCAUGCUGGCCGUGGUCGACGUGGUGAUGGUGACGUCCGUCGUGCCCAAGAUGCUGAGCGUGCUCUGGCUCAACUCCACCGAGAUCGGUGGCACGGCCUGCUUUGUGCAGAUGUUCCUUGUUCACUCCACCACGUCGGAGGAGUCGGGAGUGCUCCUGGCCAUGGCUGUGGACCGCUACGUGGCAAUCUGUCACCCCCUCAGGUACCGAGCCAUCCUGAGCCACCAAACCAUUGCCCGCAUAGGCCUGGCUAUUGUGCUGAGAUCCCAGCUUUUCAUGCUCCCCUUGACAUGGAUGGUGACCAACCUCCCCUAUUGCCAUUCCCAUGUAAUUCCCCAUUCCUAUUGUGAGCACAUGGCCGUGGCCAAGCUGGCGUGUGCAGACCCCAGACCCUGCGAGCUUUACAGUGUGGUUGGGUCCUCUCUCAUAGUGGGGAUGGAUGUGGCUUUCAUUGCUGCUUCCUAUGGGAUGGUCCUUAACACUGUCCUGGAGAAGCGAUCGUGCUGGAAGGCGCUGAGCACCUGCGGGUGCCACAUCUGUGUCUUGCUGCUCUAUUACAUCCCUGGCAUAACCUCCAUCUACGUGCAGCAUUUCGGCAGCACCAUGUCCGUGCCUGCACAGGUUCUGCUUGGUGAUCUCUACCUCACCCUCCCCACCAUGCUCAACCCCAUCAUUUACAGCAUGAGGACCAAGCAGAUCCGUGGGGCUCUGCUCAAAAUGCUCUUUUCCAGGAAGGUUCGGGCCUGACGCAGGGUCAGUGCUUUCCCAGGUGUUUCCGUCCCUGCAGAGACAGCACCAAAAUUCCCAUUAAGUGCACAUGGUGAACAGAAGCAAUGAGAGGAGGAGGGAGAACCUCCAUAAGCACAUGAGGCCCUACUCUGUGAUGGGAGUUAUGUGGGACUGGGAGCAUGAGCAAACAUGAGCUCCUAUUUCCCUUCCCUCUUCCCAGGUGAUUCAGAGAAGUGAGAGCCACCUUUGACUUUUGAGAUGUUCCUGAUGCCAUCAACACCCCUGUGAUUAUUUAAAUGACAUUUCAGGGCCUCAGGUAUAACUGUGUCAAUACACAGAUUCCAUUCCAAGUGGGGAAAUGUCUCCUGUGUUGUCUUCUUUAGUCUCUGCUUGACUAUCAGGGCCAGCAAUGGGAGACUGUCACCGCUGCAGACGCGGUGACCACAGAGGUUCUCCUCCCUGGGCCUCUCUUGCACAAAAGGCUCAUCCUCCCUGAGUGCAGAGCAGCUUCUGCACGUUCCUGGGUCAUGAUGGAAACUGAGCAUCCCCAAAACCGAGCUCUUCACAGCGUUCUGCCCAUCCAGCAACUCACAGCAGCGGGGUGAGGAGCCUGGAGCGGGGAGACGCUCAGUGGGGUCUAGCUCUGUGUCCUGGUGGCCACAGC